AGAACGAGCUCCAGGCCUGUGCUCCGCUCCCGGCCCAUGGCCCAGCGCCUGAAAAGGGGUCGGGGGAGGUAGAGGUCAACACGCAAUUUUUAUGCACCUCCCUGUCCAAAACUUGGGUUCAACCGCGUCUGAACAUUAUGUGCUUCGUCUGUCACAGUUAAUGUAACCAUUGACAUAGUCUGAAGAUUGGAAGGAUAUGUGAUGUACGUGAAGCUCUUAAACUAUGUUUUACGGCUAAGUUUCAUCACACAGAAGGAGCGGAGCUAGCGACAUUUUCGCGUCAGUGUCACCACCAGAAAGUUGUCAGUUAAACGGGAAAGUUCUUGGACAAUCCUCUCUUCAGAACGCGAACAAACGCCGUCUUUGUCUUGGAAAUCUCUUGAGGUGAAUACUCGAGACUCGCCAAUGGUACUCACCGGUUUCACCAAGGAGUACCGCGAUCUGGAGACCUUCCAACCGUACAAUCCGACCGCUUCCAGUGCAAUCAUGCCCCCUCAGGCCCAGUCCUCUACCGCCCACCACCAUCACCGGGACCAUCAUUCGACCACUGUGCCGGUUGGCAUGGGGUCCCCAAAGGCUCGUGGCCCGACGACAACUUCCAACAUUUUCAGGACAGAUUCGGCGAACGAGGAAGACAUUGAUACCAAAGUGAAGUGUGUUUUAAUAGGUGACGGAGCGGUAGGCAAAACUAGUUUGGUGGUCAGCUACACAACCAAUGGCUAUCCGUUGCAAUAUGUUCCUACAGCAUUUGAUAAUUAUUCAGUUGUGGUCAGAGUGGAUCGAAAGCCUAUCAAGAUACAGAUUUGUGACACAGCUGGUCAAGAUGAUUUUGAUUCACUACGCCCACUGUGCUACCCGCAGACAGACGUAUUUCUCCUGUGUUUCAGCGUGGUGUCGCCCACGUCCUUCCACAACAUUUUAGAGAAGUGGCUGCCGGAAGUACGGAGGCACAACCCAAAGACCCCCAUCAUCCUGGUGGGCACGCAGUGUGACUUGCGGACUGACGUCAAUGUCCUAAUCGAUCUGGCCAAAUACCAGGAGAGGCCCAUCACUGAGGAGGAAGCUAUAUACAGGGCCCAGCGUAUCAACGCUGUCUCGUAUGUGGAAUGCUCGGCACUGACGCAGCACAAUCUGAAGGAUGUCUUUGACACUGUUAUCUUAACUGCCCUGCAGUUCACUGGACCCCCCAAGGGUAAAGGUAGCUCCAAGUCCAAGGGCUCGAAGGCAAAGUCCAGUAAAGCCAAGAAGGAGAAGCCUGUGCCAUCCCAGCCCAAGUCCUCUAUUUGGAAGAAGCUGUGCUGCAUUGUUUGAGGUUGUGACUCGAGAAACCUACCCCCACUCCCCUCGGCCUCAUGUCUUUCCCCCCAUGAUGUUGGACUUGUGCCGUGUCUAAAUAGUGAAGUUCCAGUCGAGAUAAAAAGCCUGCUGAAUAUGAACUGCAGUCAGACUGUGCAGUUCACGUAAUACAUACAUCAGGACUCUGAAAGAAGUCAAUAUUAAUGCAAUAUUUUGUAACAUCCACGUCUUAUAAAAUGCAGUUGGUAUGCCGCAUUGUUUCAUGUAACUCUGCACUGAAUUGAUGCAAAUGGCUAGCACACUUCAUGAGAAAGCAAGUAGGGAUUGGAAUAAACAGGACAACUGCGAUGAGCCCUGAACAGUCACUAAGCAAUGGCACCAACAGGUUGCGUUUUCCAUACAUGUGCCACAUUGCCUAAAUAACGUAGUUCACUGAGUGUGUAUCAUAUUAAAAAACCAAGACUGUAUAUUGUAUUCCAAAAUUAAUUUAUUGUAACAAGCAUAUAAAGUACUUUUUCAUGCAAAAAGGUUAUUCAAAGAAGCAGCUUAUCCAUGUAAAGCUCAUGACAUACCGGAGUUCUUCCAGUUUGGAAUCCUCAUUAGAAUUUUUACUUCAAAUCUUAGGGCCAUGUGGAUCCAAAAGUCCUAGAAAGAAAAGUUGAAACUUUAUCAGUGGUGUACUUCACUUUGACAACUGUGUGUUGUUCUUGAAUGUAAGAUUUUAAUAAGUACAUGUAUUUGUUUUCAAAAUUUUUACUUCCAUUCAUGUAUUUAUAUGUUGUAGGCAUUUUGAGUGCCAGCGAUGCAAAACCCCGGUUAAUCUUUGUUAUAGUUCAUGCCAUUUUAAAAUGAUUUUGCAAACAUUUUACUAGCGUUCCCAAUUCAUGCUUCCAUGAGCUACUGCAGUGCUGUCCGUGCCAUUGACAGUGUUCAUUCGAGUAUUAUUUGCCCUUGAAAAGGAUGUAAUGAAUUAAUCGCGCCAAGAUGGGACACUCUAGCAUGUUAAUUUUCCAGUGUCUCGCAAGUAUAUCCCUCCAGAAUAAUUGUGAAUUUGAAGUCAGAAGGAUUUUAAAAUAUAUUUUAGAAGAGGUCGGGCCAAGUUGAGAGUUACCAGGACAUAAUACAAGUAGUAUAGAGUUUGAGCAUCUGCAUACUGUGUUGAGAGGUUGUGCACUUAUUACUUACUACACAAGCUCUGUUACGAUUUCAUUCAUGAAGUUUCUUCCAGCAUACAUAAGAAUAUGACUGAGUGUUAAACUUCAAAGGUUUUGGGGCAUUUGCUUCGGACAAAUUUUUUUUUUAUCUUUGUGCCUGAAAACUACCCACCAAUGUACGUAUGGUAAUCCUGCCUGUGUUAUGCAUGUGACACACACAAAAAUCUUGUCAGUGUUCAUUCCUUGAAUAUAUUGAGAUGGCAGAUUUGCUAAUGGAAACACUUUGCUCAGCAAAAUUAACUUUGACCAGCUAAAAAUAGCUGGAGCGGCAGAUGCAUGCGCAUUCUCUGUGAGGAAUCCUUGGCUAUCUUCACCUUACAGAGGAAUUCAAAAUCACUUUGGUAAGCAGCUUAGUUCUGGUUUCUACAUGAAACAGCACACCCCAUUUUUUAUGUACAUGUAUGUUGAAGUUACAUGUAUAACGUAAUUGCCUGAGGCCCUUUUGCUGACGGGAGUUAUUUUUACAAGCCGCAUGAAUUGAGGAAAAAAAAAUCUGUUCAUCUUUGGAUAAUUUUAAGGGUCAGUUCUUGAGUUCAAAAGAUGGAAUGUUGCAGUAUGCACAGUGCAUGCCAGUACACGUAAUGUCUGCACCAAAUAUUUCAAUGUCAGUCUCUUGACAAAUAGUAGAGAAGCAACAAAUGAACCUUUAAUACUUUGAAAAGCGAGUGGCAAAGAUUCUCAUGGAACAUGUGGCCAAGGAGUGUUUGCUCUGUGGCAAAUCUCAAAUCUGAUCAACUUUAAGUGUAGGAAAAAAAUCUGUCAAUAAAGAAACACAAACAUGCGUGCACACACUUGACAGCAACCAAGAUCUGCUCUUUGCGCUUGGUUUUUCAAGCCUGGCCUACCUUCUGUUGCAACUUGUUCUUUGAUUUGGGUUAUACGAUUACAAUCAUGAUAGCGAGUUCUCAGUUGAAUUCCAUUAAAGAUAUUCUUGGCUGGAAUUGAAAAAAAAAAAUAAAACUUGAAAUUUAAGAUGCAGAAUGUUUUUGUGUAUAAUGGGACAGCUGCUUUUGGUGUUGUUUUAUCUUUUGCCAUUGUUGAAGAUGUAAUGAAUAUAUGAUAAUUGGUUUUUGCUUUUCUGUGUAAAUACAUUUUGUAAUAUUGUGAAAUAAAGAGAGCCACUAUUGAGUAAGACCACA